AUGCAUUCUAAAAUUAGUAUACAGACUGCAAUUUUUGCAUUCCUUCUCGCCCUUCUGCUAAACCACACGAUUGGAACUAUUGGAAGGUCUAAGCCCCUUUUACAUUCACGUUCCAACAGACAUCGUGCCUUGCGAUUUUUCCCAUACAGUGUCGGACUAGCUGGUACAACCAGAGAAACGCGGAUGAUUGCCAGAAAGGCAAUACCACUGUCUGUCAAAAUGGCGCUUGUUUGGACAGCCAGUGUUAUUGCAAUGACGGCUACGGUGGAUGCGGUUGCGAAGUGCCAGAUGAAAACGAAUGUAAAUAUCGACCAUGCGACGUGUUUGCUCACUGUACCAACACUUUGGGUAGUUUUCACUGCACCUGCUUUCCUGGAUAUGUUGGAGAUGGGUUUCACUGCGAAGGUAAGUUUAUUUUGUAUAACUAGAAUAACAUUAACGCGCUUGUCAAGAAGUUGUUCGAAAAUCAUACGAAAAUACUAA